AUGGUUAAUAUUUUACAGAACCAUCCUCAAGGGGAUAAUAUAUGCCCGCCGGCGCAUCUAAGAGUCAUAUUACCAGCUUCAAUAGACUCCAAUAUGCAACCACAUUUCAUCGAUAUGAACAACACACAAGACAUACCCCCGCCGCAGGCCGAUUUUUCGGCGCCACCGCCAUACGAUGUCGCCGCCAACUCGAAGCUGCCCACUUAUGAGGAGGUGCAGAGAGAGAAGCAGAUGGAAGGGGAAGGGUUACCACAGAUCCAAGGCCCCCUACCGCCCCCCCUCCCUACAUUCGCGGCAUUCGUCACAGUGGAGCCUGCAGAGGGCACCGGUGAACAGCUGGACCCAGAGAACAGCCUGCUUGGCACUGAUGUCAUGUUCCUCACUUCGUUCUUCGUGGCAUUCCUAUUCAACUGGAUCGGGUUCCUACUGCUGAUGUGCUUCUGCCACACGGUGGCGUCCCGCUACGGCGCGCUGGCCGGCUUCGGCCUGUCGCUGGCCAAGUGGACGCUGAUCGUGAAACACUCCACCGAGCUCGCCAGCCACGAGAACUCUUGGCUGUGGUGGCUCAUCAUGGCCUUCGGUAUCCUAAUCUGCGUGCGCGCCAUCAUCCAAUACCUGAACAUUAAACGCGGUUGGCGUCUACUCUCCGGCACGGCUCAAGAACGUCUCCUAUUCUUCUACUGAUCUCCUUCACACCCGCUUACGACUACAUAUGCGAGAGGGAGACGACUAUGGUCAGUUAGCCUUUACUAGGCUAUUAUUGUUGGUUAUAUUAUUAUUGGUUAGCGUCGACUCUGGAACAGAGCAAUCUCCACUUCUACUGAUCUCGCUCACAUCCGCUUACCACUACAUGCGAGAAAGAGACGGAUACGGUUAACCAACUUCCGCAUCAGCACUUUUAUUAUAGAUCUUUUCAUGUGGAAGGGAGACGGUUAUAGUUGUUGCUGUUUGGACUACAUCUAACUAGAGUAAGAGCGUUUUUUCCUCUUCUAUUAUUCCUCGCACCUACUAUGCGGAAGAGAGACGGCUGUACAUUGUUUUGUUGGUUGGUCCUUGGAGUGUGCAUGAGAAAAAAUUCACGCCCACUGACGUCUGUAUGUACGGAAAAGAGAUAGGUAUAUGACUGGAUGCACUCAAAUUUUCACACGGUGUGAU